UGGCGCUGUAGCGGAGAUGCACCAAAAGCCGGUUUGGCACCCCGCGAUAAAACCCCAAAAAAAUAAAGGAGAAAGGAAGAUUCCAUAGCGCUGUUCCGAGAUUUGUUUUGUUUUUAAAACAUACAUUUUGAAUUGCCUCAGCUGUCUACCAUCCAGACGUCGGGUGACCCCGGGUAACCUCCGUCAUUUCAACUGAAAAAGCGCGAUUAGGCGGCAAACGCUACACGUAAAGUAAACUACACUUAUUUAUCGAAAAGAAAAAUGGUACAAAACAUCAAUAUAUUAUGAAUAUCAUUUGAAUGGUUUGUAAAGAUAACUGUAGGAUCAAUGCAGAAACAUUAUGAUGAGUUUGUAAUCCAAACUGAGUGACAAAUUUAUCAUGUCUAUUGUUUGUUCAGUAGUCAAACACAAAGUAAAAUAAGGUCUUUUGGCAAAAAGUCAGCACAUCACACAAUUCGAUUAGAUUAGAUUAGAUUUGACCAGAUGUGUAUCUUUUCAAUAGUUGUAGAAUUGAAUGUUAGGUCAUCUUUAACAUGAAAUUUAUCUAGUCGUUCUUAAAGAAUCGAUUACCCUAUUUUUAACUUUACAGAACAUUAUGCAUAGCUAUGUAAAUGCUUUAUGUAUUUAUUUAUGUCAGUUGUUCAUAUCUAUGGGUACUACUCAGGCUAUGAAGCAAGCUAUUUUUUUCCCUGGGAGAAUCAAAGUGUCCUUCAGGAGAGGCCCAUCGGGUCAUUUACGUCGGGACCCAUCUGAAGAGGCGAGAAGGAUUAAAGACAAUCCUUCUUUGCAAGACAAGUCGACACCUCAAAGAGAAGAUGUGGUCAGGAACAAUGCCCGUUCCGUUGUAUUACAGAGGGGAGGGGAUGUUUCAGACAAGCAAGAAGUGUUAGGAGAAUACAUUCUUCAGUUUGGGAAGUACAAAGGGAAGUCCUUCCGGUGGCUAUUGGAGAAUGAUAUUGGCUACUCUUUGUACUUGUCCAGUAAGGUUGAGGAGGAAGAACGGGCUGGACAGUUCAACCCAGAGGGUCCUUGCAAGGAUAGCCUCCUUUCCUUUCUUGAAUACUCAAGAAGCUUUAAGGAAAUUGAGGAUCUCCGGCGAUACCUUUCAGAGAGGCCAGACCCAGUACCAGUUUUGUCAGAGGAUGACAAUGUUGUUGGAUUUGGGGCACGAGCACAAGACACCUGGAGGAAGAUCUGGAAUACCAGAGCUGAUGGGUAUGCUGCCUUUAUAAUGGGGAAGAGCGGUGUUCCAGGAAGUAAAAUGUACCGCUUACAGCAAUAUCUUUUAAAGCAGCAAAGACAGGUGACCACAGCCCCUUCUGCUACACCUUCACCCUCACCAUCAACUCCCUCUGCACCUUCCACUUCAUGCCUUUCCUCUGAUCAUCCAGUAAUGGAGGAGGAUGAGGAACUGGAGAAGAUGAUGCUGAGUCUGUCUCCACCCAAAUGUCCUACACAGCGGAUUCUGCCACAGCCACCAUCAAGACCACAUGCGGUCUGCCAUCCUCACACACCACCACCUCCUGUGCCUAGCACUUCCUCUCAGUGCAAAUCCCCUGCAUCACUGCCCCGAGUACCACCACCAGCUGUGCAGUCAGUACCCGCAGCACCUCUACCAGCUGCUCAGUCAGUACCUGCACCAGUGCCCUCCACACAGACAGGAGUCCCUGUGUCCAGUGACAUGCAAGAUAUUAGCCGCUGGAACUGCUCCUGCCAUCAAAAAAUCUGGAUGGAAACAGAGAUGGAAGCCCUGGGGCUCUGGCCAGGAUCACGACCGGUGAGACAGCCUAUGAACUUGGUUUCCUUGUGGCGUUAUCCUCCUCAGCCUGAGCUUGUAGAAACCAACACAGGCCUGCCAUCACCAAAAUACUUUCAGCUCCAUCCCUUCUUUAUCUGGAAACCGGAGCACAGUAUAAUGCAAAGGCUAAGAAACAACUACAUUCUGCCUUGUCUCUACAGCUGUCCAAACCCUCAGGUUGUUUCCUCUGGUGUGGGAAGGCCCAGAGUGAUUCUUGGUACCAGCGGGCAAUAUUACAUCCUUUCCUCUCGACUGUGCUGUAAAGCAUGCAAAAAAUACUGGUUCACUGAUAAACCCCAGUGGCUAGACAUGCUCCCAUAA